AUGGAAGUAAUGGAAAACCAUGAAGAGGUGGACCAGUCUAACGAGAGGGAGAGGCUGAGGAUGAGAAUUGCUGUUUUGGAGGAGAGUGUGAAGUCCAGUGAGGUGGACUGUAAAGCCAGCAGAGAGAUGGUGAUGAGGCUGGUGGCAGAGCUGGACCGAGAGAGGAGGAAGGCUGCCAGCGGUGCAGCAGCAGUUGAUUCACUCAAAGUGGAGUUAGAUGGCCUGGUGUUGGGAAAGAAGAGUGUAGAGAUGGAGAUGCAGACACAGGCAGAGAGACUUGAAGCAAGCAAGCGAGUCAUAGAAGCAGCCAGGAGAGAAUCACACUGUUUGGAGAAACAGGUGGAGGAGCUUGAGAGAAAGCUCCAAACAAGUCAAGGAGAGAGCCAGGCAGCUGAGGAGAAACUACAGAAGUUCCUGAAGAAGGUUGCAUCCCUGCUGCAGGGAGAGUCUGAGGACAUCAUCCCACCCAAAGAGAAAGAUAUCUUACACCAACUGGAUAACCUCUGCAAUAAGACGAUGUCAGAGAUGGAGGUGAGGCUUUGUCAUGCCUCCGAAGAGCUGAGUGAACGGACGGAGCUCCAGCACAGCGCACUACAGAGGGCUCGGCUUGCAGAGCAGCAGGUCCAGGACCUGAGGGAGAGACUGCAAGGUCUGGAGACAGAGCUGUUGACAGCAGACAUGCAUCGAGAGGGGAUGCAACACAAUAAUCAGCACUAUGAAGAGUUCCUGGAGCAGCUGUCAGAAAUGAUGAAGGUUGACAGUAUUGCUGUGGAUCUGGGCUUCGACAUGAGGCUAAAACUCAUCCUGUCCAGGGCAGAACAGCUUAUCAAGCACGAAGGAACUUCUUUGGUGGAAAGCAAAACUCUGACCUACAGCCUGCAGCGAAAGUUAAAGUCACAGAAAGACCAGCUAGAAAGCAAAGGACUCCACAUACAGCUGCUGAGGAAGAAGGUUUCAGAGCUGGAGGAGGAGAGGAGGUGCAGAUCAGCGUUGGCGGUGGAACGAGAUGACGCUCAUCUGGAGGCCAGACGGUUACUGAAGAAACUAGAGCGUGUUCAAGGCGAGCUGAAGACCACCAAGCUGUCCAACACUGAACUCAAGGCCCAGCUCUCCCACACCAAUGAGCUCAAGUUGAAAGUGGUGGAACAGAGUCAGAGCAUGCAGGAGCAGAAAAAGAAGCUGGAUCAGCUGCUGGAGGGAAAAACCAAGACGGAGAGGAAGCUGAACACACUGAGCUCAGACCUGCAGAGUCAAGAGAAGAAGAACAAAGAGGACCAGCAGCAACUCAGCACCCUCAGACAGAGCAUGGCUCACCUGUCUGAGAGGGAGAGAGAGCUGUUCAAUUUCCGGACGGUAGUUUCCCAGAUGCUGGGUUUGGAUGCCACAGCCUUGGAUCUCCCAAAUCAUGAAAUCAUCAAAUUACUGGAGACUCUUCUUCACGCUCAUCACCAUCAUCACCUUCACCAUCAUGUAGAAAUGCCCUGGCACUGUCCUACUCACCAAAGGCCUCAUCUCAACCAAAUCCAGGAUCUGCCUGACAGUGCCUACUUGGAUGUUUCUGCUUCCAGGUCUCACAAGACGCAGGACACAGCUCACCAUCAUGAAGUCUAGAACUAUAUAUUAUACUUACACCAAAGUGCACU